GAACACACUGCAGAUCGGGGAGGGGUGUACAGGAGAAAUAAUAACCCCGAACAAGCGAUGCAAGCAACAAAAUGCAGAGCAAUGCAGAGUAUUAGGGGAGUGUAGAGUUGGUGGGUAACUGCGCUGGUGCCUGCAGUGCCCUUUGCCUCUGUCUGUGCCUCCUCUCCCCGCACAUCUCCUGCCUCUCCCCCGGGCUGUGGACGCGGGGCCCGGCGUGGCUACAAUGUAUCAGCUCGCUUGCAACAUGGCGAAAGGCAACAAGCGAAAGCUGUCCACGCUCAGUGUCGACGAGUUCCUGACCUCGGCGUUCGAUUCCGGGAGUCAGAGCGGCUCAGAUGAAGAGGAGACGGGAGAGGGAAGCAGGAAGAAAACCAGAGUGCGGAAGAAGGUCAAAGAUGGUAAAGGCAAGAAAACCCUACAGCCUAAAACACAGGAAGAAAGGAAGGAGAAGCCAAAAGGUGCCGCACAGGAACACAAGGAGCAGCUCUCGCGGCUGAAGGAGAAGGAUCCCGAGUUCUUCAAGUUCCUCGCGGAAAACGACAAAAAGCUGCUGAACUUCGACGACACGGACAGUUCAGACGACGAUGGUGAAAACCAGCUGCACGUCUUGCCGGGGGAGCUGGAGGUAGAUAGUAAUGAAGAGGAGGAAGAAGAAGAGAAGGAGACGGCCCCAAAGAGCAAAAAAGGCCGGGAUUUAAUACCAAUCACUAUCCGAAUGGUUGACUCCUGGAGAGAUGCAGCAGAGGCCAAGUUAACGUAUAAGCUGUUCCACGACAUUGUCAUGGCGUUUAAAGCAGCUGUCUCUACAACGAAAGGAGAUGACGAUGGGCAUCUUGGGAAGUACAAAGUAGAAGACAGUUCUGUUUUCAAUGCCCUGGUGUCGUUCUGCAUUCAGGAUCUUCUCCCUGCUCUGCAGAAAGUCCUUCAGUUGAAACCAGAUGGAAAAAAGAGGUUAUUACUACCCUCCAGCAGCUCCCAAUGGCAGAAGGUCCGACAAGAUGUGAGUGUUUACCUGGCCGGCCUUAUCCAGCUGCUGUCCAGUUUGACCGAAGUCUCGGUGGUUAGUGCAGUCCUCCGACACAUGAAUGACCUGGUACCUUACUACCUCUGCUUCCCAAAACACUCCCGCAUUCUCCUGAAGCAAGUGGUCAUGCAGUGGAGCACGGGAGAGGAGACAGUGCGAGUGCUGGCCUUUCUAAUCCUCAACAAGAUAUCCAGGGACAAGCAGGACGUUUACCUCAAUCUGGUGCUGAAGCAAAUGUACGUGGCUUACGUGAAGAACUGUAAAUUUACCUCCCCGAACGUGCUGCCCAUGAUUAACUUCAUGCAGCGCAGCUUAACGGAGAUGUACGCCUUGGACCAUCAGGCGACCUACCAGCACGCCUUCAUCUACAUCCGGCAGCUAGCGAUUCAUCUCCGCAACGCCAUGACCCUGAAGAAAAAGGAGACUUAUCAGUCUGUCUACAACUGGCAGUUCGUUCACUGCUUGUUUCUGUGGUGUCGUCUGCUGAGUACGGUUUACCCCAACGACGUUCUGGAGCCGCUCAUCUACCCUUUAACGCAGGUUAUCAUCGGCUGCAUCAAAUUGUUACCCACGGCUCGGUACUACCCUCUGCGGCUGCACUGCGUUCGAGCAUUGACCCUGCUCUCUGACUGCACCAACACCUUCAUCCCUGUGAUGCCCUUCUUGCUCGAGAUUUUCCAACAGAUGGAUUUUAAUAAGAAACCGGGGCGGAUGAGUGUCCGGCCAAUCAACUUUGCUGUGGUUCUGAAGCUGUCCAAUGCAAAUCUACAGGAAAAGGCUUACCGAGAUGGUUUGAUCGAGCAGUUGUACGAUCUGACCCUGGAGUACUUACACACUCAAGCACACACCAUCGGCUUCCCGGAGCUGGUGCUGCCUGUUACCAUUCAGCUGAAGACCUUUCUCAAGGAGUGCAAAGUGGCCAAUUACUGCAAGCAGAUCAGGCAACUGCUGGAGAAAGUGCAGGAGAACUCGUCCUUCAUCACCAAGAGGCGGCAGAGGGCCACGUUUGGCGUGGUGGAUAAAGUGGCUGUGGCUUCGUGGGAGAAGGCGGUGAAGGAGGAGGUGUCGCCGCUGCAGAAGUACUACAGCAGCUGGAAGAAACUCAGAGAGAAGGAGAUUAUACUGGAAAUCACUGGCAAGGAGCGGCUGGAAGACCUGCAUUUCCCGGAGAUCAAACGCAGGAAGUUGCAAGAGAGCAAAGAGAAAGACAAGAAAGAAUUCAGGGAUCUCUUUGACUCUGACAGCAGCUCUGAUGAUGAAAGCUGUGGCUUUAAAUCUAAAGGGGCUUCAAAGAAGAGCGAUGAGGACAUUGUGAAGGAUCUGUCAGACAUGGACAGUGAAGAUGCAGGGGAGGAUGACGAUGAUCAUUUGUCUUUUGAAGACGACUCGGAAGAUGAAGACAAGAUGCCCGUGAAACCCAGUCGUGCUGUGGCGAAGAUGUCCCAUUCUGAGUUGGAGGUGCUAGCAGAAGGAGAUGAGGAUGUCGUUGAAGAUCUGGCGUUUUCUGAUGAAGAUUAAUGAGACCUGUCUCUGAAUCGCAGCAGUGAAGACAUUGCUGUCCCAACCCCUCGACUCCCAUUAGAUUGUUGAGGAGUGAGUGCCCUUAAAGGAGCAAACAUGACCAGACACUUCUUUGUACAAACAUGUAUGUGGCCCUGCAAAGAACCUGCUGUUAGAAGGCCCAAUAUAUGGGGUGAAAUCCCAGGAAAGGUCGUGAACAGACGAAAAUGCUGGCACCUCUAUCACCCUCCACAUCUGGAAGCAAGUGGCGUUUGUUUACCUACAAUUAGAUUAAAAGCAGAACAGUCCCAAAUCCCUAGCCACAGAAUUUCAUCCUGGUCAUUGGAAUAUAACUGGAUGUGAAAGGAAUUCCAGGAGGGUUCUGUGGAAUUGAGGAAUAUUGAUCGGCAUCAGCGACGGACCAGUGCACACCUGACCCACGUCUCACAGCCUUCACCUGCAAUUACAUUACAUUAUUCUGCUACAUC